AUAUAUAUAAAUAUAUAUAAAAAGAGCAUUAAGAAAACAAUAUAGAGAACCUUUCCAUGCCCAAUGAUCCUUCAUCAGAUCAAAUUACCGAUAUUUAUCAAAACGAUCCAUAUCGUAGUCGUCGUACAGCAGCCCAAAAUUCGGUAACUUGGCAAUGUCCUUCGAAAUCAAUACAUUCUUAUCUUCCGUAUUCAAAUUAUAUACCUCAACAACAAAAACUAUAUGAUCAACAAGAAGAACGGACAAGAAUAUGUAGUUUGGAUAAUGGAUUUCAUGUAGAACAGGAGCAAGUGACAGGAUUGGACAAACGACAAGAUAGUUUACUCACCACUAUCACCUCUACAGCAAGAUCACCAUCAACCUUAGCUACCCAUCAUCCUCUUCUUCAGUCCACUAUGACCACCAUGUCCCUCUCUGAAGAAAUACGAAAAAAGAAAUAUCAUCAAACAUCCACAAGCAUUCAUUCUCUUUUUUUAUAUUGUUGUCAAGGCCGUCUUUCCUGGCGCUGGGUAUGUUUCAUAUUGACCUGUUUUAUGUUAUGUAUAGGAGGUGUUCUUUUGUUUAUCUGCUUACCUCGACUUCCUAUAGUGACCAUGGCGCCAACAGCUGAUACGUUUGGUCAAGAAUCUGCCGAUUGGGGUCCUCCUCUUCAUCCAUUCUACCGAACGACCUGGCAACUUAACUUGACUCUGGACAAUCAUCCCAAUUUUAUUCCGUUACAUCUUGUACAAAUGGAUUUAGUUCUAUUUAUUCAUCCUUCCAACAACUCUGCCUCAUCCAAUCCUGAUACCAUACCUAUCAAUUCCACCAUAAAUGCAAAUAAAACAACAACAAAUCAUAUCACUGAACCUUCUUUUAUGACCUCUUACACCAACAACAGUAUUAUCAAUGACGACGGACAGGGCAUUCCAUUUGCAUGGUCCACUUUACCAGCCAUGACACUUUGGACCGACGGCCAACCUCAAGUGGUACGUACCUUAUUUCAUAUUGAUUAUGUAGCAACCACAAGUAACUUGACCGAUCCGACAUUUGCCCAACUUUAUAGUGCCUGUGGUCCUCACUUGAUCAACAAUCCGCCAGCUUUGAACUUGUCUCUUCAUAUCACUUUCCAUUUGUUACAUUAUCUAUGGCUACCUACAAUGACCAUCUAUCCUUCCGACGGCAAUGGCUUGAUCUGUCCUACUAAUUAAUUUCACCUUUAUUUUUAUUAUUAUUAUUAUUAUUAUU